UAAUGGAAAAACAGACACAUCAAAACAUAUUUUUCAGUCAGUUUGUUUUGUGACCUUUAUCCUUUAAAAGCACCUGGAGAUAAUAAAAAAAAGAAAAAGAAAAUCUCAUGGAUUAACACCAAGCGUGAAAUCCACUGCUUUUUCUAAUACCUUUUGUCAUAUGAUUGUUUUGCAACAACAAAAGAAAAUAAAGAGGAUAUAUGAAAGGGUGUAUGAAAAUGAAUGUAAUUGGAGCUAUGAACAAAUCAAAAAUGCUCAAGGGGGGCUUUGUUGCCAUCAGGGAUUUUUAGAGGCUGACUUAUUUCAUCCCGCACCCCACCAUUUGCCCAAACCCACCCCCAAGACUGCUCCAUUAUCAGUGUGAAUAUUAAUCUGCUUAUGCUUAAAUUUGAGGUGACACUGACAGAUUAAUUUACAUGUGAGACAUAGGUUACAAAUAGGGUUGGGCCUUAUAGACUAUAUAGGUACCCUACUGUGACAAAACUGACAUUUUGUUGAAACAUUGUUGUCCAACAAAUAGCCUAAGUAGGCCUCCAUUAGACCACCCUGGGUCUGGCUAUGCCAGGCUACUAUUAGACUAGACCUAGACUUACAUGGAAAAUGACAGAAAUCAGUUUUAGCCUAUAUAGACAAUGAGAUUGAUUAAUUGAGAGCCAUGAAAACAGGUCCUUCAGAUACAAGUAGCGUUAAUUUUCAAUUAAUGUUAGAAACAUAAUAACAUUAUGAUAUGUAGUAGGCCUAAUGUAGGCUAAUGCUAAGCAACUCUGGGCUCCUGGACUAGGUCACACAUAAGCUUAUGCUCUUACAUCAGUUUCAUUCAUAUCAGUAAACAUUGCCCUUAAUUCCACGACGAAAUGCGAAACCCAGCAACAUUACAGGCAAUGUCAUCACAGAAAAGGCGGCAAUCUCAUAUUGUUGCGCAUUUUCUUUGCGCAGCUUUGACCCAUUUGAGCAUGGUGAACGUGCCCAUCAGUUUUACCACAGCAACGAUGACGUCACUCUUCUGACCAAUCACUUCGCCCUACUGAAAUCUCGUUCACCAUUACCCGACGUCUAGUCAUCGCGCGAUCCCUACAGCGGCCCAAAUUCCUUGCUGCAACCAGGAAUUUAUAAAAGCAGGUAUGCUUCUUCAUGAUGAGUUACGCUGAAAAGCCUGAGGAUAUUUCAAAAGAUGAGUGGAUGGACAAACUGAACAACGUGCACAUCCAGCGAGCUGAUAUGAACCGACUGAUCAUGAACUACUUGGUGACAGAGGGUUUUAAAGAGGCUGCAGAGAAAUUCCGUAUGGAGUCAGGCAUUGAGCCAAGCGUGGAUCUGGACUCCUUGGAUGAGCGGAUAAAGAUCCGUGAGAUGAUUUUAAAAGGUCAGAUCCAGGAAGCAAUCGCUCUCAUCAAUAGCCUUCAUCCAGAGCUCCUCGACACCAACCGCUACCUGUAUUUUCAUCUACAGCAACAGCACCUUAUCGAGCUGAUCCGUCUGCGGGAGACGGAGGCGGCGCUGGAGUUUGCCCAGACCCAGCUGGCGGAGCAGGGGGAGGAGAGCCGCGAGUGCCUGACUGAGAUGGAGCGCACACUGGCCCUGCUGGCCUUCGACAACCCAGAGGAGUCACCCUUUGGAGAUCUUCUCAAUAUGAUGCAGCGGCAGAAGGUAUGGAGUGAGGUAAACCAGGCGGUACUGGAUUAUGAAAACAGAGAAUCAACACCAAAACUGGCGAAGCUGCUGAAGUUACUGCUUUGGGCACAGAACGAACUGGAUCAAAAGAAAGUGAGAUACCCCAAAAUGACAGACCUAAGCAAGGGCACAAUUGAAGAUCCCAAGUAGAAUGAAAAACAAAAUGGACACCUACACUCAUUUUUCUUUUUAUUUAUGAACAGUUAUGGACUGGACUAUAUAUUAUAUAUUAUAAGACUGUAUGUAUAAAUAUAUACACUUUGUUGAUGCUUUUGAGAGAAUUUACAUAAUCCAAGGUACAAACUGUAUAUGGCUCUAUUUCAAAACUAAUUAUCACUACAGAAGUAAUACUAUAGCAUAUACACAAAGUCUGAGGCUUUUUAAUUGUCACUACUGGGUUAACUUAACAGUAUUUACCACUGUUUUAUGUUUGAGCAUCAUGUUCAUUUUUACCGUUUUUAAACCACUGUUUUGCAUUGAGUGUGCAGGGGGAUCAUUUGUACAUACAGUGUGAGCUCUUAUGCCUAAAUUAGGCUAUGUAAUGGACGGUGAGGUACAUUUACCUGUGUUUUUUGUUAGGUCCAUUGCUUUAAGGAUUGUUUUGUAUUUCAAAGAAAAGACCGUAAGAUUAUUCUUCAACUGUGGACUGGCAGGGUUGAGCGUUGCUUGGCUGUUCUUGCUUGUCUGAUGCAGCUGAUCUGACUUCAUGUCUGACUUGAAAUUCACUUGAUGGAAUUUAUGGUCAGAUCUGUCAUUUAGACUUUCUGUCUCUAGUGGAACAACUGAUUUUUUUUCUCUGCUUUUUUUCUCAUCUCUGAAUAGGGAGGGUUUGUGUGAAUUUUCAGUAUGUGGUUCUUUUUAAGUUAUCUGGAGGUACUGAAAGGUAAAUGUUUUCCAUACACAGUCAUUUUGAUCCCAGUUUUUCUAGUCAUACAUGUGGUGAUUAAAUUUGUACGUUUUCAUUAUUUACUAUGAACCGGUAAUGCCUUGUAAAUGCUUUGUAAUUAUUAUUAUUAUUAUUAUUAUUAUUUUUUUUUUUUUUUUUUUUUUCAUUUUUAAACCAGCUGCUAUGUCUUUUCUUUGUCAGUUUUGCUGCCAUUUCAUUGUAGGGGUUUGCUCAUGCGUACACACAAACCACAAAAGUCCAUAUUUUGAAAAGUUUUUGAGAAGAUAUUUACAGAUAUAGGCUAAUAAAAUGAUGUGAACAAAUGCCAA